CACAUUAAUAAUAAUUUUCAAAGUUUUCCCCACAUUUUAGCCUUAGAAUUCUUUACACACGUAUACCGCGUUCAUUUCUUUAGACCAAGCAUAACAUUAUCACAAUUCACAAAAUCUUUUAAAUAUUCUCCAAUGUAACACCAAAAUUAGAAAGCCGUUAUAAAUACACAAAAAUAACUGUUUCUCCCUCUCUUUCUCUCAUUCACAUUUUCUCUCUCAUACUCUGUUUUCUUUCACAAUGGGAAGACCAGAAAAAAUGAAAAACAUAGUAGGAAUCCUCAAAGACAAAGUCUCAAUUCUCAAAGCAAUCUUUCUAUUAUCCUCAUCAAAACCCACCACCUCCUUCCACGUCGCCGUCCUACGCGCCACCACCCACAACCACCCAUCUGACCCACCACCUUACGACGCUGUCUUAGCCUUAGCUCACAACCACCGUCCCUCCGCCGGACCAUUAGUACACGCGCUACUCCAACGUGUUCAUGGGACCCACAACGUCUACGUGGCACUCAAGUGUCUUCUCACGCUCCACCACGUCAUCACUUAUGGAUCCCCUGCUCUUAAGGAGAAUAUAUCAUCUUACUCAACUGGGCCCCUCUUUAACCUAUCAAGUUUCCAGGACCCCUCUGAUCGUGACACGUGUGAGUUGUCUAAUUGGGUACGGUGGUAUGCCGAUGUACUGGAUUAUAGCCUUGCUCUUACAAGGAAAAACAGAGGAGAGAGAUUGAGUUCUUUGGUGGGUAUGUUGGAAGUCAUUUGUGGGGCCCCUCAAUCUUUGCAUUAUCAAAAGAUAAGCUUGAUUUAUGAAGUAAUAAAGUUGGUUGGAGAAGAUUAUAGGAUGAUUAUGAGAGAGAUUAAUACCAAGAUUAAUCAAUUUGGGAAGAGGUUUAUUCAAGAUUUAAGUGAUGAAUUGUUGGGGAAUUUGUUGGGUGAUUUAAAAAGAAUUGAGAAUUGUAAAGAAAGAAUGUUUUUAAUGUUCUUGAAUAAGAAGAAAAAUGAUGGAGUUUGGGAAUUGAUUGAGGAAGUGAGGAAAGAUGUUGAGGAAGUUAAGGUGAAGAGAGAGAAUAUGAAGUUGGUUGUUUUUCAUCCAACUGAGUCGACUCGGGUGGAGGACAAACGAGUUAGUGAGUCAAGAUCUUUGGCCGUUGUGCCGGCGCCACGUGCCAAAAGAUGGUUGGAUGUUGACUGGAAUCCGUUGGUUGCUUCCGUUGGUUAAUAAUCUUGAGAAGUGUGAGUUUGCAAAAUUCUUGAUGUAACUUUUUUGUUUUUUUGAGAUCAAGUUAAUUUUUGGUAUUGUACAUUCUGAAUAUUUUCAUUUUUUAGUUGUACAAAGUGUAUCGGAUUUCUUUUUUUGUUGAAUUAUAGGAAAUAAGAAUAUCGAGACAAAUGUAUAGAAAUAAUACAAUAAUACUCCCAUCCAUUUUCUUUUAUUGC